AUGAGUCGUCGGUUGACAGAAAUGGAGCUGGAUGAGGAGGAUGAAGCAUGUGUUGGCCGUAGUGACUCUACCUCAUCUUCGGGUCGAUCAGAAUGUGGAGAUGAGUUCCGAGCGCGAGCAAGCACGGACUCCCGGUUACCACCUCGUCCUGCAAGACCUAGACAUCCUUUGACAACGCGACCUUUUCCGCUACCAGUUAGAAGAAUGAGUGUGGCUAUGAGAGGAAACAAUGCAAGCACAUACUAA